UAGUUUUCCGUUUGUGGUUACGAUUGUUCGGCGCCGUAGAAAAGCGUUCGGACAGGUUCGGAGCUUUUCUGCAUGGCGGUUUUGCUUCCGGCGAACUACGACAACACGAAAUCAUCAUCAUCAUCAUCAUCGUACGUGAACGUGAGAUGAGAAACGCAAUACAACGAAGUUGAAUGGGGAUAUUGAGAACAGCGCUUUUGGCGAUCUCUCUCGUUGUCUUUGUUUGUGUUUCCGAGGAGAUUAUCUCUCGAGACGUUGCAUUAAAUCAAAACUAUGGCGACAAUGUGGCAGAGCAAACAUGGUGGAUUCAUCAAAAUCCGGAUUUGAAGACAGAGACAUGUUAUUGGCAAUGGUUCAGCAAUUUGUUUCUUGAGUCUCAAGGCGAGUCUACGACCUAUCCAAGAAGGAAGCUGAUUAGGAAGAAGAAAAAGUUUCGUGUAUCUGCUCCAAACUUAGCUUCCGGUCCUACUCCAGGACCGGGUUUUGCGCCAGGACCUGCGCCGGGUUUGGCUCCAGGUCCUGCACCGAAUCCUAGUAGUUAUGAUCUGGCUGCACCUGCAAGCGCUCCAACUCCAAAUCAACCUUCAGCUUCACCAGCUGAGACACCUUAUGAAGAUUUGAGUCCUGGUCCGAGUGAGGAGGAACCGAGUGUUGUUGCUCCAAGUCAAAGUGUUCCUGGUCCUCCUCCUCUACCACGGGAGAAGAAAGAUGAUAUCUUGAUGAAACUUAUCAUCGCAGUUGCUUCAACUGCUGUGUUAACGUUUGUUCUUGUUGCAUUGAUGUUCUUGUGUUGCUUCAGACGCAAUAGUAACAAUGCGGUUGGUCAUGGACCAAGAGAUGAAGGACCACUUCUACAUUUAUCAACUGGAUCUACUGAGAACUCUCCCACCAUUGCAAGCACGAGCAGGAGAAUACUAUUUGGUGCUGCUAGUUCUAAAAAGAGGUCGUUUCUUUCUAGAGUAUCAUUGAAGAGAAAUGGUCAUGAGUUUCCAAAUGCUGAUGCGUCGUCUUCCUCUGGACUCCCUCCACUGAAGCUUCCUCCUGGAAGAUCAGCUCCACCUCCUGCUCCUGCUCCUGCUCCACCUCCACAGCCACCACCUCCUCCUCCUCCUAAACCUACGCCUCCUCCUCCACCGCCUAAAAUUGCUCGUCCUCCACCAGCACCACCAAAAGGUGCGGCUCCAAAACGUCAAGGACAUACUUCCUCUGGAGAUGCGUCUGAUGUUGAUUCUGAGACGGGAGCUCCAAAGACAAAACUGAAGCCGUUCUUUUGGGAUAAAAUGGCUAACCCUGAUCAGAAGAUGGUUUGGCAUGAGAUUAGCGCCGGUUCAUUCCAGUUCAAUGAAGAGAUGAUGGAGACUCUUUUUGGUUACAAUGAUGGGAACAAAAACAAAACUGGUCAGAGGAGUGAUUCUUCUCGCGAGUCUCCUGUCCAAUAUAUACAAAUAAUUGACACUAGGAAAGCUCAAAACUUAUCUAUUCUUCUUAGAGCUUUGAAUGUAACAACAGAGGAAGUUGUUGAUGCCAUCAAAGAAGGUAAUGAGCUCCCAGUAGAACUCCUACAAACAUUGCUGAAGAUGGCUCCAACUCAAGAAGAAGAACUCAAACUUAGACUAUACACAGGAGAUCUUCACCUACUUGGCCCAGCGGAGCGGUUCUUGAAGAUUCUUGUGGACAUACCUUUUGCAUUCAAACGUAUAGAAUCACUUCUCUUCAUGAUCUCACUUCAAGAAGAAGUCUCUGGCCUUAAAGAAUCUCUUGCAACUCUCGAGGUUGCUUGCAAGAAACUCAGAAACAGCAGACUGUUCUUAAAACUACUAGAAGCAGUUCUCAAGACAGGAAACCGAAUGAACGUAGGAACUUUCCGCGGUGAUGCGCAGGCUUUUAAGCUCGACACUCUUUUAAAACUCUCUGACGUCAAAGGAACUGAUGGCAAAACCACACUCUUACAUUUCGUUGUUCUUGAGAUCAUUCGUUCUGAAGGUGUCCGAGCUCUCCGUCUCCAGAGAUCAAGCCGAAGCUUCUCUAGCGUUAAAACAGACGAUUCAGUAUCAGAUUCUAGCCCAAGAUCAGUCGAGCGAUACAGAAGCACGGGUCUUGAAGUGGUUACGGGGUUAACAACAGAGCUUGAAGAUGUCAAGAGAGCAGCAAUCAUAGACGGUGAUGCAUUGGCUGCAACAUUAACAAAUAUAAGCGGUUCACUUACGAAUGCGAGAGAGUUCUUGAAAUCUAUGGACGAAGAGAGCGAUUUCGAACGAGCAUUAGCUGGAUUUAUAGAACGUGCAGAUGCUGAUAUCAAAUGGUUGAAAGAAGAAGAAGAGAGAAUCAUGGCAUUGGUGAAAAGCUCAGCUGAUUAUUUCCAUGGCAAAUCUGCCAAGAACGAAGGGUUGAGACUGUUUGCUAUAGUACGUGAUUUCUUGAUAAUGUUGGAGAAAGUUUGCAGAGAAGUUAAAGAAACUACCAAGACUACAAACCGGUCGGGUAAGAAGGAAAAUGAUGCGUCAAGUUCGGACAGUAAUCAACCGUCUCCGGACAUUCGACAACGUUUGUUCCCGGCUAUUGCUGAACGAAAAAUGGAUAGUUCAGAUGAUUCAGAUGAUGAGGAGGGUUAGUUCAUCUUCUUAGUAUUUUGAUGAAGUUAACGCCGUUUUAGGUUUCCUUCACGCCGGGAAGAGAUUGAUCGCCGGAAACGUAGAAAACAAGAAAAGGAGGAAGCCGGAGUUUUAUAUGUUUGAAAAAGGGCGUGGAUAUGUAACUUCCGUUACAUGAGAGUUUUUGAAGACCAAAGUUGUUUGAUAUUACUACGCUCUCUUGAAAAUCUUAUGUCGUAUAUUUGUAUAAUUAUUUCUCUAUUUGUUAACAAAAAGAUAGAUAAAACGUUUUUAGAUGUCGAUGGAAAACAAAAUAUGUUUGACAAGAACUCAUUUGAGUAUAAAACUUCAAAUACCAAUAUACCAUAAGCUAAGAUUCUCCAAGAUGAUGAGAGUGAGAUGUGGAGAUGGUAUGGAGCCAAAGCUUAACCUUCAUCCCUUUCAAGUUUGGAGACUAAGACAGCGGC